AUGUCUAGCAUUUUGAGCUACUCUCUGAUUUUCAAGAAUUUAAAGAAGCCUCUAGCAAAUUUGAGUAAAAACUACAUACUAAGAUUACAGCUAUCAACCCAGGAAAUUCAGAUACCGUUAAAGUAUGGAUACAUAUCAGGUAAGCUUUGGGGAAGCAGCGACAAGCGGCCUAUACUGGCUUUGCACGGAUGGCAGGAUAAUGCAGGCACCUGGGAUGCACUUGCACCCAUGCUAAUUAAAGACAGAUCUAUACUAGCAAUUGAUUUCCCAGGUCAUGGAUUGUCUUCGUGGAUUCCUGAUGGUAUGAUGUACUGCGAUUGGGAAUGGAUAAAAGUUAUCCUAUAUAUAAAACAGUACUUUAAAUGGGACAAAGUUUCUCUACUGUCUCAUUCCAUGGGUUCUUUAGCUGCUAGGCGUUACUCGGGUUUAUUUCCAGAUGACGUUGACUUGUAUAUAGGUAUAGACAUUCUUGUAUACGGCUACUUGUACGAAAAUCUAGAUAAAGUCAUGGAUAUGUAUCCUACAUUAAUACAGAAAGCUGCAAUUUCACAGACUCGACUGAAAAAUGAACCACCUCUUUACACAUUAAAUGAGAUAACAAAAAUUAAAUACUUCGGGUCAAACAAAUCUGUAGCUUUAAAAAGAAUUCCUUACUUGUUGGAAAGAGGCAUAAAACAGUCAGAGCAUAACCCCACUAAGUACUAUUUUACGCGUGACCCACGUACAAAAUAUAUUUUAUUCGCUAAUGAACGCAAUGAAUUUAUUGAAAAUCUCAUAAAGCGCCUAAAAUGUCCAACAUUAUUCAUCAAGGCAACGGACUCGCCCUAUGAAAACGACAAGUCCUCUGCAGAACUCCAGAACAAGCUUCAGAAAAAUAACGAAAAAUAUGAAUCACAUACAGUGCUGGGAACGCAUCAUGUUCAUUUAAAUGAUCCAGAGAAAGUUGCACCAUUGAUUUUAAAUUUUUUGAACAAGUAUAUGAAAAGAUAA